CACUACUUCCGGGUGACGUAUGCGGAAGCAAACAACCAUUUGGAGUGACGUAGCAGGACAAUCAUAUUACUCUGAACUCAAACGCACUUUUCAACUUAAUCGAGUUAAAGGCUGUCACGUAACAUGUCUACAAAACACACAGCCAAGCUUUCACGGAGCAACAAGAAGAAUGAACUGGAACGUAAGAGAGACGAGCGGGCAGCACGUAGGGCCCUCGCCAAGGCCCGUAAGAAUCAUCCUCAGGAUGACGAUGAAGGAGCAGAGUUUCUGAGUUUCUCCACUCAGCUGCAGGCAAUGGGGCUGAAGCUGAGAGAGGUCCCCGGUGAUGGGAACUGCUUAUUCAGAGCUCUCGGAGACCAGUUAGAGGGUCACUCACGAUCUCAUCUGGAGCUACGUCAGGAGACUGUCCAGUACAUGAUGUCCCAUCGACAAGACUUCGAACCUUUUGUUGAGGAUGAUAUUCCCUUCACAGAGCACUUAUCCAACCUGGCACAGCCUGGAACAUUUGCAGGCAAUGACGCAAUCGUGGCUUUUGCUCGCAGUCAGCAGGUGAAAGUGGUCAUCCAUCAGCUGAACACACCACUUUGGGAGAUAAAUGGUACCGAGAAGCAGAUGUGUAGAGAACUACACAUUGCGUACCGCUACGGGGAUCAUUACGACAGUGUGAGGCGCAUCGGCGACAACUCAGAGAGCCGUGGUCGGCUACGCAUUCAGAACUUGCAGCGCCAGCAGUGGAAAUUCGGGGAUGGUCAGAGAGGCAGACAAGAAAAACCUUCACCAACAUCCCUAGAAUCCAGCAAUGUGAUACUAGCCUCCAUCGAGAACCGAGGAAUGCAGGGAACAUUAGUGUCUUCUUCAGUUGAUGAGGAGAACCUGUUCCACCCGAAUGCAGCCACCAUAAAUUGGUGCCCAACAAGCAGAAAAAAGAGGAGAAAAAACAAAAGAAGAAAAAACAUCAAGAGGACCGAAAUCGACUCAAAGUCCUCAACAACAGAGUGGACCAGAACAAGAAUCUACCAGAGGCUGUCACUUUGAUACCAGCUUUAAACACACUCAGUAUAUGAGACUGUCACAUGGACCAAAAAAAAAAAACUGCUGGUGAAAGAUGUUUUUCCACAAGGAUUUGCACAAUCAAAUUUGAUACAGAGUCCCAGUGGGUGACUUUUCGACAAACGUUAAGGGUGCCUGCACACGUGGAGGGAGCAUCGGAAAAGACACACCAGGAGAGACCUUAUUUUUGAGAGUUCCUUGUGUUUUCGUCAAGUUCAAUGCCUGAUUUUGUUAGCGUUUGUGUGCGCGCAGGUGUGUGGUUACAGUUAACACACGAUUAUUUAAUGAAGGAUUUUGGGGGCUUAAUCUGCCAGACUGACUUUAUUUUGAUUCUCUGGAUCAUUGUUUGUUUCAUCUGAGCAAAAGAGUAAAAAGCAAGAGUCGGACCACAAAUGGUGAUGCUCCUUGUCACAAGUACUCAAAAUGCAGACUAUAUAUUCUAUAUAAUCUAUAAUGUCAUACAUUAUUAAUUUAUACUAUCUUAUUUUGUUAUCCAAGUUCACAGCAACACAACUGAGCAUUACCAAAUGGUUGCCAAAUGUUGAAAAAAAUAAAGGGAGGGUGUAGACCCAA